GUUCAGCCUGUUAAGCUUAGGAAGGAUGACCAAUUGAAUUGAAACUAAUCCAGUUGCCUCCCUUGUUUACCUGAGAAAAAUGGCGGAUGUUGUUUCUACAGAAUGAAGACAGUACCCCGGCGCUGCCUCUGCACCAGACGCGUGCUUGUCUACUUCCUGAUCAUCAAUGUCACGUGCCUUGGCCUCGUGCUCCUCGUGCUCUAUGACAGGGUUUCCAAUAAUCAAAACCAUGUCCACCGGGCAGAAUUCGAGCGUUGGAAGCGCAUUCGAGACGACUUUGAUAAGUAUCAGAAAAACGAAGCGAAUAAGGCAGACACGAUGAAGAAAACGCUCAGGGGACGUCAGAUGGACGCGGUUUUAAGUUUUGACGAAAUAGGGAAGACAAACAUUACACAGGAAAAUGAGAAUGUUAAGAAAAGAAUUGCUGCUGAGCAGCUUAGGAUGGACGAAGCUGUAAAAAGUGCGGACUUGCCAUUAGACCACAUUCCGCCAGUGCCUGAGUUUUCUGAUAUUGACAUUGUGCCAUAUUUGUCUGAGGAUCUUAUAUCACCGUAUCUUGUCCUACCGAAGCAUGGUAAUCACGUGCUUUACAAUCAAAGCAUUGUGAUUCUCACGCCAAUAUGUGAUGUAGAGCAUUUACUUGAACAAUUUAUGAACGCGAUCAAAAAUCUCACAUAUCCACACACUCACAUUUCUGUUUACCUCGGCGAGGAUAGCAGUAGCGAUCUCACACUCAACAGGGCGAAGCUCCUCGCAAAAGACCUGGUUUUGAACCAUGGUUUCCGUGACGCUGGCGCAUUCCACUUCAACUAUACCGGAGGCAUUCAUGGAGACUGGACCCGCAUUCAUUCUAAAGAGAACCAGUUGGAGAGGCGCGCGCAUAUGGCGCAUGCGCGAAAUGACCUUCUAUCUUUGGGAAUGAGGAAGGGACACUUUGAUCAAGUGUUGUGGAUUGAUAGUGAUGUGAAAUACUUGCCGUCAGAUCUGAUACAGCAGUUGCUAUUUGCACGUGCUGACGUUGUUGUGACUUCAUGUUUAUAUAAGGAAGGGCGCUUCAAAAAGUUGUACGACCGAAACUCGUGGCGAGAGACGCCGACGUCCAUCGAAAACCAAAAGACAUUACCCGUAGAUAUUCUCCUUGUUGAAGGUUAUAGCCAUUCUUCUCGGAUAUUUUUACCUGACCUUAAAGCGGAAGGACGAAUUGUCCCACUAGACGGUGUUGGGGGAUGCGUGCUUAUGGUAAAAGCUGAAUGCCAUCGAAAAGGAUUAAAUUUUCCGGAAAAGAUAUACAAACACCAUAUCGAGACAGAAGGACUGGCAAAGAUGGCUACCAACAUGGGUUUCAGUGUACGAGGGCUGCCUUGGUUGGAAGUUUUCCACAAUUUUUAGGAAAAGCUUGUUAAUCAAGAAGAAAUAGCAUGUGUUUAAUAACUAGAAUUAUCAUGUAGCAAUGUAAUAUUUAAAAAGUUUAUAAAUUAGGUACCACUUGCACAUAUUUUUAUUUUUGCGCACUUAAGCCACGAUUUAUUUGAGAUGAGAAUGCAUAUUCCCGUGCCAAUAUAGUGAAAAUAUUUGAAAGACUAAAGAAACAAGCUCACAUAGCUAAUUGAAAUGCGAGAUCGCAAAAUUUAAUUCCAUGUAGCUUUUUAACUUUUAACUACUGCACACAUAUGACAUCAUGACAUAUUUUUUAUUAAAUAACAUUACUUAUGAUUUUUAUGUAGCAAUUAAUGCAUACAUGUUAUGUGUUCUCGUAUUUUAAAAUGUAUAUUGGUGUUAAGUUCAGUUUUACCAAUUUAUUGAGGAUGAUAACACCAAGGACUCCCAUCCCGAUGGUUAAGGCCAAGGGGGCUUUGUAAACAUAUAACCAUUUCGACCUCUUAUUGCAUGAAUUUCAGUAGGUGUGCUGUUGUAUAGAAUAUAUUGUUAUUCUCAAGCAAUAAUAUACAGCAUCUAUUGUUUUUGUUAUAUUUUGUGCUUUUCCGGCUGAAGUUAUGAAACACCUCAAUGAAAUUGCUAAUUGUCAAUAAUGUUAAAUAGUAAAAUGCCAUUUGCAUUCCAUUUAUAAAACAUGUUUAUACUUUGUGUACACGAUUGUAAGAAAAAAGAGAAAUGUGUCAACUGUGAGUGUAUUUCAGCGUGUAUUGCUCAUACAUUUCAGGGAUGUGAUUUUUCCUUCUUUCAGCUGAUUUCCUUUCUUUGAGUGUCACAUUUUUUUUUUACAAAUAGUUUUUUUCUUACCUGGAUUUAUAUACAAAUGAAGGGUUUACUUUAAUGCUGUAAAGGGUGAGAGCUUUUACCUCACGUAGUUUUUUAGCUCCACUGGCCAGAGGCCAGCGGGGCUUAUGUCAUGGUCCUGUGUCCGUCGUGCGUGCGUGCAUGCAUUAACUUUUUCUUUAAACAUCUUCUUCUGCUAAACUACAAGUCCAAUUCUGAUAAAACUUCUCACAACUGUUCCUGGGGUGAAGCUCUUUCAAAUUUGUUCGAAUUAUGCCCCUGGGGUCAUAUUUAACCCCGCCCCGGGGGUCAAUAAAUUGAACAUAUGCUUAUAUAAAGCCUAUUUUGGGCAAUCUUUAAAAAUCUUCUUGUCCAUAACCAUUGGGCCUAGUGCUACCACAUUUGGUAUGUAGUGACAUUUAAUAGUUCUCUACUUUGUUUGUUCAAUUUAUGCCCCUGGGGUCAAAGUUGACCCUGCCCCGGGGGUCACAAAAAUGAACAUAUGCUUAUAUAAAGCCUAUUUUAUGCAAACUUUAACAAUCUUUUUGUCCAUAACCGUAGGGCCUAGGGCUACCAAAUUCGGUAUGUAGUGACAUCUAAUAGUGCUCUACUUAGUUUAUUCAAAUUAUGCCCCUUGGGUCAAAUUUGACUCUGACCCGGGCGUCACAAAAAUGAACAUUCGCUUAAAUAAGGCCUAUUUUGUGCAAACUUAAAAAAAAAUUCUGUCCAUAACCAUAUGGCAUAGGGCUACCAAAUUUGGUUUGUAGUGACAUCUAAUAGUCCUCUACCAAGUUUGUUCAAAUUAAGCCCCUGGGAUCAAAUUUUACCGUUCCCCAGGGGUCACAAAAUUGAAAAUAUGCUUAUAUUGGGCCUAUUUUGUGCAAACUUUAAAAAUCAUCUUGUCCAUACCCAUUGGGCAUAUUUCUACCAAAUUUGGUGUGUAUUAAAAUCUUAAAGUUCUCUACCAAGUUUUUUCAAAUUAUGCCCCUGCGGUAAAAUUGACCCUGCCCCGGGGGUCAAAAAAAUAAAUAUAUGCUUAAAUAAGGCCUAUUUUGUGCCAACUGUAAAAAUCUUCUUGUUCAUAAAUAUAGAGCCUAGGGCUACUAAAUUUGGUAUGUAGUGACAUCUAAAAGUCCUCUACCAAAUGUGUUCAAAUUAUUCCCCUGGGUUAAUAUUUGACCGUGCCCCGGGGGUCUCAAAACUGAAAAUAUGCUUAUAUAAAGCCUCUUUUGUGCAAACUUUAAAAAUCUUUCUGUCCAUAACCAUUGGGCCUAGGGCCAUCAAAUUUGGUAUGUAGUGACAUCUUAUAGUUCAUGCGCAUUUCACGUUUUUUUCGCAAUAAAAAACAGUGGAGCGAUACAGGGCAAUCAUGACCCUCUUGUUUAAUUACAUCCCAGAAUAUGUUGCUAAUGUUUAUUUAGUAGGGUUUUAUGUUUCCAGUAAACUGUACAGUAUUACGUUUUGUUCCUCAGAGCCGAUUUUUUUUGGUCUCAUACAUGUCAACUUCGUUCAUUGAGGAUAUGCGCAACACUGUUUUGAUAUAACAUUCCGAUUCAAUUUAAAAAACAACAACUAGUUCACGCAUUCAGAAGAUUUCGUAGUUACCUUUUAUAUGUGUAUAGUUACCUUUUAUAUGUGUAUAUACAAGUUAAUUUUAUUGCGAUAUUCAGUUUUCAUACUUUAUGUCUAUUCAUUUCUGUCUAGCUUUGCCAGCGUUACCUGUCAUUUCCGUUGUGUGGAUCUUUCAACUUAAUUAACAUUUAAAACUAUUCCUUUCAGCAACAGUAAAAUGAGAUAGCACGUACUUGUAUGCGUAAAUCAGCGACUUGACCUGUUCUCGUUUAUAUUUAUAAGUGGAUUUGCCUUCAGGUUAUUUUAUGUUUAUAUCAGGAGUUUGCGCUUAGGCUUUUUUAUUUUUUGUUAUAACAAAGUUCAUAAAUCAUAUACCAGUAUACGGCUAGCAGUUUAUCUCGUAUAAAUAAACAUGUGUGUUUAUAUGAAGUAAAUAGUGUGCUGUUUGCUCUUUGGUUUGAUGCGUUUUUGUUAUUAUUGACGCUACAACGAGAUUAAUAAAUUCACAAAAGAC